GCCACCACCCACCCGGGCAUAAACCGCAAGGUUUCUCCCGCACUUGUUCUAUGCGCCCUCCCUCGUUAACCAUCCGCGCAGCUUUGUUUGAUAUUUUUUCGACACCAAAUUGAAACUAUGGCCGACGUUGCAGUUGACUGGACUGAGGAACUUACCCUCCUCAAGGCUGAUCUCAGCACUGACCUCGCCGCCGACCUCGAUGAGUGUGUUGCUGCCGCCAACGCGGAAGACGUGUCCGAGCUGGUCGCUGCUUCCGGGGGCAAGAAGACCAAAUGUGGCCUUGUCGGCACCGGGUCUACCCUAACCGUGACCCUGGACGGCAAACUCGGGCAGGGCCCUUGCUCGAAGAAAGGAACCGGCGCCUACGUCGGUAACAAGGUCUCCACCCCGUUCGUGGGCGAGUAUACCGUCGAGGUUUCGCGCAUCUCGGUCAAGAUCACCGAUCCAGCCGGAAAGGUGGUUUUCAAGGGCAAAGGCUUGGAGAAAGGAUUGACCGGCACUUGGACGGUCAAGUUCUAA